UUCCUGAGACCAAGCAUGGUGGAUAGACUUCCAGAGGAUGUGGUGAAGUCUCAUGAUAUUACAUUUAAGCAAAAGUUGGAGGAUUAUAUGGAACUGACCGAUCAUAAGAGAUAUUUAGCCAACUUUAAUUUGGACAAGUGCCACGGGAUUGUGCUGCUGAACCUGUUGAUAUGUAUAGUAGUUUUCUACACUGUGUACUAUGUGGUCCUAAGCAUUUGUUUCACAGCAUUCAGGUUGGAAAUGUUGGACGGUUUGGCACCUUUUGAUUUUAAGACAAAUCCCUCAUGGAUUAACCCAAAUUACUUAGUUCUCCUGGUUUCAUUGGAGAUAACCUACUUUAUUUGUGGACUGCUGUUUGUCCUGAUUGUGGAAGAAUGGGUAUGGGAUUAUGCUAUAACAGUUACUGCUAUUCAUAUCAUCAUAACUGCAGCUGUUAUGUCUGAAUUCCCUCUGAUGUUGCACUGGUGGAUGGCUUUAGGGUCUGGCUUAAUUUUGAUGAUUUGUGGAGGACAGGUAUUAGCAUACUGCUUGUUCAAGGACAACUUCAUUUACCCAGUCCUGGAUGAUUUUUGAAAAGCAAAAAAUAGGCAUUUGUAUCUGAGUCUAUAUUAUUUCUAUUAUCUAAUUUACAUUACUAACAAAGACUAUUAGUCUAAUAUUUAGCCUACUGUACCAUUUAUUUCUUACACCUGUUUACAAACUCCAUGCAAUUACUUUUAGCUGUUUGUGCAGGUAUUUUCCCCAUAGCAAACAUUUAAAUACGCUCCCCUUUUCCUAAAAAUCAACCAACCAAAAAGUGAGAGAGAGCAGCA